UUGGCAGGCCCUCCACCCCCGAAGGCAGCCCACAAUAUUUUUGUUGUUGUUUUAUACUUCAUGAAAGUGAAAGUAUAGACAUGUAAGCUCGUUUGUUUUUUCGAAACAAUAAUGAAAAAUUACAUAAACUCGAAGGAGAGUGGCUAUAACUUGCCAAAAAUUGACAGGAGGGUUAUGGGGGGGGGGCAUUAAAAUCAAUGGUGGAUUGAUGUCAAAUGGGAACAUCCAUUUUGAUGACACGUUAACAGCAAAGUAAGAUGUAUUGGGUGCAGCACUUUAAGUGGAUGAAAAAUAAUGCUUAUUGAAAUAAAGAUGAAUCUAUCAAGAUAGCCGAAAUAUGGCUUAAUGUAUUCUAUAGAUUAUAAUAUCUUAGUGCGAGAAGUCAUUAAACUUUAAAUUCCCAGCUAUGUGGUAAAUGCAGAAAAUAAAGCUGAGUUUUCAAAGCUGAAUUAUAAUUUCAGCAGAAAUACCCAUUUAAAUAAUUUAAAAUCCCACAAUAAGAAGUUGAUGAUUUCACAAUACCCGAAGGGACCAAGGAGCAGAGUGUCACUGAUAAGAUCCAAGCGCCCUGGGACGUUUGUUAAGAAUAAAGAACAAAAAAAGUUGUGCACCAUAGUAUCUUGGGAAUCUGAAAAUAUUUAAACAAUAUUCAAAUUUAAGCCCAUCAAAUUCAAAUCCUUCAUAAGACAACGAGAGAUCAGGCCUGAUUGACUAGGGUCUUAAUACAAUGUUUGAGACUUUAUGCUCCAAAAAAACUGAUCGUUCAAAUUCGUAUGACUUGUAUGCAAAGAAGAACUCUACAAUCUCUGAGUUCAACUUAUGAAUGGAAGUUAAGGAGCUCCGUGACUGGAUGAAAAGAUCAGUUGUUAUCGUGGGGUACAGCAUGCUGGAUGGUUUGAGGGAAUGGAAGAUGAAACGUAAGACUCGAUGCCUUUUUGUAACACACUUCAAAACAAUUUGACCUACAUUUAAAUAUUCUAUCGCUGCCGUAGCUGCUAAGGACAUGAUGUAAACGAGUUUCAACUACGACAACCAGUCACAAUAAUAUUUAAAUGUACGUUAAAAAUUGAAUAAACACUAAUCAAUUCAACAACAACACACCCACAGGCCGUCUCAAAAAGCAGAUGGACUAUAGAUGUAUUUCAAGUAAGAAAAUGCCAGUGCAAUAAACAUCUAGGAUUCCAGAAAGGCAUGGCAAUGGCAUCCCUAUGGCUAAUGGCAUCUUUGGCGAUUUUGGUAAGAUGGACAUUUUUUACAAUUUACGCCAAUAUUUGCCAAGAGGUAAGGGAUUCUAAUAAGGUGACUAAAGUUGACAAGGAUGACGAAAAUUUGUCCAUGAAAUGGAUAUGAAUAGACUGCAUUUCAGAAGAUACAUCUUUGAAAUAUAAAGAAAACUUGAUUUAGUUAUUUGGCAUAUUAAAAUGAGCUAGGAUCAAAGCUAGAAGUGUGACAUUUACAUUGCUUUAGUUGCUACCAAUUUUAUAUGUAAGUCUACGCAAAAAAGAUAAUUUUUUAAUUGGUAUAUAGUCAGGGAUUCCUUCAGACAAAUGCAACUUCCGUCCUGUCGGUUUCCACUUGAGUCGCUCUGGUCGCGCGACUUGGCGAAAUCGAAUCAACAAGUCAGCGAAUCGGCGAACGCGACCAGUCGCCCAGUAGUUCAACUGAGUUGAAGUGCAGUAGAAACCCGCAUCAAAGAACCUAGGUUUUUUUCUGGCAGCCUGAAUAGGUUCUUAAUUAACAGGCUGCUUUUCUAAAUUCCAGUCUAAAAGGUUCUUAACAAUGAUCUUAUAUACGUCCAGGCCCUGCACACAUUAACAAUGUUUUCCACCGCAAGAAUUCUAACAGACAAACUGAAACCAGCCAUAUUUUUCACGUUAAAUUUCAAGCCAAUCAAAUGAAUUUGUGUUGUUAGAUUGUCCAAUUAGAAUGUAACAUACCAUAACCUGAUUUACUCUAAGCUCGUUUAAUUUGCCAGUGUGAAUAGGGUGUAAAAAUACCUUUUCAAAAAUACAUAUAAGAACCUUUCCAAAUUACAGACUCCUGGGGGUUCUUAAUUAUGAGGUUUAAAAGAUUAAAUCUUAGCCUCAAGGUUCUUAUAAAAACAGGUUCUUUUAUGCGGGUUUCUACUGUACUCAGCGAAUGGUCGCGCGUUCGCAGCGAAUGAUGAAGCUCAAUUUGCGCAUGUCCCAAUGUGCAUUCGCUCAGUCACGCGACCAGAGCGAAUAAAGUGGAAACCUGCCUUUAGUUCUGUUUGGAAAACGUGUGUCCAGGUAUCAGGGUGACGUGACCCUACUUGAAGGAAGAUAACUAGGUGGACUGGCAGUUCAAGACGACUGGCAUUAAAAUAGAGAAUUGUUUUGACAAUGGGUAAAGCUAAACUUGUCUUUUAUUCAGACGUCCCUGAUUUUUGGUCCUUAGAACAGCCGUAGAAACAAGUCGGUGUCUGGACUUUUGGAAUACGUCAGCAAUACCCUCAGACCAAUUCAACUACUGUCCUAUUUCUCUCUUGCCUAUUAUCUAAGUUCUGUUUAAAAAGCUUGUUGCCAACUACCUGCAACAGUGUAUAGAUAAAAAUUUCAUUUAACUAGUCUUGAUUUUCACGUCUACUUUCAACUUUUAAAAUUUUACAUAAAACCACUACUGAUUGCUACAGUGAUCUGGAUCGAAACAAUCGCUUGAAAACAGCCUUCGCCAAAAAAACGUCAAAGCAUUGUUCGGAAAAAAAUUUUUAGAAAGCAGAUAGCUUGUGUAAUGCAAGAAUCUAAUUUCAAUCUUUGGUCUCGUUGUGGUAGAUGUACGUUUUUUGAAGGCUUCCUUAUGUAUAUGGAUGAAAAAGAUCCAUGUUAUCUGUUCCCAAGCUACUUGAAAAUACUUUAAAGAUAGCAUACUUUUGGUGAAUGAAGAUAGCAUACUAAAGAAACCGCAUCAGAGAUUCAAUUCUUUUAGUUGUCGCAGUGUAACUGGGAUUUUAUAGACAAUAUCAUCAUUCAAAUUUCAGAACAGAAGUUGUUGGCCUACAAGUAAAUAAAGGUAGGUGUGAUUUUCUUGUCAUUGUAAAGAAUCUUUAAGGAAUAUUACAUGCAAUUAUAAUGCAGUGAAAUGCUGCUAAAUAUUUUGCUCCUUAAUUCGAUAAAUAAUUCUGACUUAAACAACAUUCAAACAGUUUUAUAAAAUGAAUGGCAGAGAGAUAAUAGUAUAUUUGGAGCUCCUAUCCUAAAUAUUUAAUCUUUUAUCUUUUUCUUGUGCUUGAAUACCUGUUUUUUGUCUCUACUUUAUAGCUGUCCGUGAUUUGGAUAAAUUUGAUGAAAAUGAGAAGCUCUGCAAAAGCUCUGCGGUUCCUGCAAUAGAUUCAAUACAAGGUAGAAAUCACAACUGCUGGUGUCAGCAUUAUCUAAGUAUAGCUAUUUACAGCUUGAGUCAAUAAAUAAGAGGAUUUUUUCAACUUGUGGUCCGAUUCAGGCUUGUGUCUAAAAGAUUUCACUGCUAUGCCUCAUCUCAAACACCGUAUUUGUUUAAAGUUGUCUCCAAGACUUAACGUCAUGGCAUAGAAAAGCGUCAAUUUCGGGAUAAUAUACAAAGAAGAUACUUGCUGAAGAGAUUUCCUUCUUUACUGGAUAACACCAAGACUUUUUCCACCAACUGUUUUUCAAGAGCAGCUGUUUUUCCAGCUGGCUAUGGAAACAACUUUGAAUGAAAACGAAGAAUUUGCUGAAGAGAAUAACCUUAGUUUUGAUGGGCAGGUUAUUUGGACAGAGAAUCCGUUAUUCCCGACUCACGAAGAGAAGGCUGGAAAUAGGGACAAAGAAUGCAUUACAAAUCAUUAUUUACACGGCAAUGAAAAGUACUACAAAGUGGAGCAGAGUGGAGAAUUCGACUCAAGCGUAAAAAGUGGAGAAUUCGAAACCGAAUCGGGUUAUUGUGAGACUGUCAGCGUAUUCAGUGAAUUAUCUUCGCCGGAGCAGUCAACCGUAAGUUUUUCGGACGGAGAAGAUGAUGAUGAUUCAACCCAAGAUGUAAAUGAAAAAUUUCAGCCAGUUAGCAUUUCAACUGGAGUUAUGAGUGAAUUAGACGCAAACUCCAAUGUUGCCUCUGCACAAAUUUUGAGCUCCAAGGGAACUGUUCGUGGAGUCAAAAAUCGGGUCAGGGAUAAUAUCAUGCAUUUCUUUUCUGGAACAAAAAGUAAUGCCGCAGCAAAAGCGAAAAGGAACGUUGAGCUCUCCUGUGAAGAAGAUCCUGACUACGGAAAAGUGAUAAUUUACACGACAAGUCUGGGCCUUGUUCGAAAAACACAAUAUGAAUGCAAAUAUGUGAAGCAAAUCUUUUACAAUCUCUUGGUGAGGUUCGACGAGAAGGAUCUAUUCGUACAUCCUAAUUUCAAAAAGGAAUUGCAAAGAAAGCUUGGAACAGAGAUCCUUACACUACCUCAAGUGUUCAUCAAUGGACAGUCAAUAGGGGGGGCUAAGGAUGUGGAAAAGAUGAUUGAGACAGGCACAAUGAAAGAUUUCUUAGUAAAUGUGAAGCGUGUGUCCCAUGCUCAAUCGUGUCCGGUUUGUGGUGGGUACAAGUUCAUCAGCUGUAAUAAAUGCUCUGGCAGUGGCAAGUCUAGACGAACUAGAAUCAGUCGCGAAAUCAACAGUCUCAAGUGUUCUGCAUGCUCAAAUGGUGUAGUAUCAUGUCCAGAAUGCAACUCGUAGCUCAGUGACGUCAUCUUCAAAUCAUGGUUGCCAUUGGUCUGGUCACUGCGAUUUUAAUGGUCAUAAUUGUAUUCAUGAUCGACAACGAUGACCAUCAUUACUACUGCCAUGACAGAGGCAAUAUUCUGACCAAUGGAAAUUUUAUUUUAGCUAACUUUCUCGACGGAAUUAUUUCACUUUGCCAAGGGAUUUUUUCUCUUUUUGCCUGUCAUUAUUGUGAUCGGGUUCUUGUGCGAUACCUUUCGAUAACUCUCUUAGGUUUGGUAAUGUUUUACUAAGGCUGCAUAUAUCUGGUGAUGUGUUUCGCUGGGGUCGUGUUAUUUUUUAGUUGAUUUGAUUUGAUCUGGCUUUUCCUUGGAGAGUUUAGUAACAGCGAUAAAACAAGAAAAAGGGACAAAAUAAAGCACCAAAACUGUUCUUUUACAGAAUAAACAAAGUUUUUGACUCGUCAGGUUUUUAUGGUUGCCGGGCCCGAGCUAAGACCCUUAUGAAUAUUUUCCAUCCCCUUCCGAUCUGAUUUUAAAGCCCCCCCCCCCUGACUGUUAAUUUUACGAUUUCCAGUGGAGCUAAAUUUUAUUGUUCACGUUGAAAGUCAUUUCAUUUUAUGAGUAAUUAUCGUAACAGUAAAAUUUCAGCAACAAAAUUUUCCAUCCUGUGAAAAGAAAGGAUAGUGAAAUCCAAUUUUUUGAUUGCAGGUAAAUAAUAAGGAUAACAGGCGAGUAAGAUUUUUAAAAAAAUCUUUAAUCAUCUUUGUCUUUGUCGGUAAACUUUACUUUUCAUGACAAUCCAUCCCCAUUCCAUCCUCCCAAGUCUAGAAGGCAAAAAUGUGUAAUUUGGCUGAGUACUAGAAAGGGUGUAACACUAUUUACACCCCCUUGGUGUGAUCCCCCUAUAUUAAUUAAGCAGCUUCCUGUUUUUCUUUAGUAUAGUUGGACAUCAAACCUUCCAGCGUUAACAGAAGUCGUUGUCCUAAUAUUAAAAACAUCAAUUCACUUAUUCAAACUUAAGUUUUGCCAAGCUAGACUUGCGUUUCUUGGGGACACGACGUACCUCUCUUCCUUAAGAGAUUAGUUUCUCGUGUAAAGUAUAUUGCAGAUAUUAGAACAAGUUAGUCAUGCUCGUUUAGUAGAUAUAAACUUCCCUCAAAUGAUUUAACUUCGGUUUGAAGCAAUCUCUUAUUAAGUCAAAAGGCAAAAAAAAUGCUAGUUAACAUGUUUACAUGUAACAAAAUUAGCAAGACCUUAAGAAAAGAUUAUAAUUCAAGUAAAACAGUAGACGUAAUUUGAAGAAAUUGUCGGGGUGAAAAUAUUUAAAGUAAGUAGCAACUUAGUUGUUGUAAUUUCAUAUGAUUAAAUCAAGAAUAAUCAAUACAAUUUUAAUAUUGUUUACACUUUUAUUCUUUAUUGAUUACUCUCUGCUAGCUACUGCUCAAUUUUCGUUGCACCUAUCAGCCAAUUAACCGAAAAAAUAUGUGGAAAAGGUGUAAUUGAGAAGUACAAGGAAUCAGAAACACAGACCAAGCAAUAGUGAACAUGGCUGGUUUUUUGUUUAAAUUGUGAUGCAAUUAGAAGGGUGGGGAUACUGGUUACUUGAUAGUGGAUGGAUGGAUGGAGAUAUAGAUAAAGUAAGAGCAUUUGCACGUUAUACAAUGAAAUAACCAAGCAUAACAAGAGAAAUGAUGAAAAUUACAAAAAAUAACUUAUUGACUAGCAAAAUUUGUCAAACUGAACUUGAAAAUUGAAUAGAAGGGGGAUGUUAAUAAGCAACGGGGGGAGGAAAAAGUCUCCUGAAAUUAAUAAACGGGGGGUCCAUCUAUUAGAGACACUAGAGUAAUGAUAUAACUUCUCUAUUUUAAGACACAAGGGAACACAACGACUCGCAACAGUCACUUUCAAAGGUAGUUCGUACCCUUUAGAAAUUGUCUUAUCCAAAGGAAACAAAGUUAUUCACAUUAAAUUGGGGAAUACUCGUGCAAGCCUGCAUCUCUUCAUCAUUUGGAUGGAAAUUCUUUAGAAAGCUGUAAUUUUUUAUAAGCAGAAAUUUAAAAUCGAAAACGGUUGCGAGUCAGUGUAUUUUUCACUCUUUGCAGAUAAUUUUGUUGUCAGAAUCAUUCUUAGCAGUGAAAUUUGAUGUGAAUACAGGGUCAGUACUGCAGUCUCCCACACACUAAGCAGUAAGCAAUGCAAAAUCCCGGCCAGUAACAUGCACAAACUUCAUUUAUAUCGAUAGUUAGGUCCUGGACGCUUUACGGGGAGGUAGGGAGGGUCUAAACGAAAACGUCCAAAUGAAGUUGUUGGGGAAAAAAUCUAUAUGUUUGCGGCCCCUUGGACGAAUUGACAAACUGAUCCUGCUGAGAACAGAUCCUUAUUUGGUGCAAUACACUCAUUUUUAAGAAACAAAGGUCAAUAUUGAAAAGUUUAGUUUCAUAAAGCUUUUGGAAAUUUUAAUGCUCAUUGUUUCUUAAGUGUUUAUUAUUUAUGAUGCCAUAAUCUUUAACACUCAGAACUAAAUAUUUAUUUUUGAAAACUCUUGGAGUUAUGAGUUUUUUUCUUCUU